AUGCAAAGAUCAGUCCCUGUGCAGUCCCGAAGGCACAGGCCGGUCGGCGACAUGGGGAACGCUGAGCGAGCGCCACGUUCUCGGAGCUCUCAGCCUGCACCCACGCUGCUGCUGCUCGCGGCGGCUGCAGUGCUGUUUAUAAUGCCCGGCGUGCAUGGGCGCCCCGCGGAGGAGGACGAAGAGCUGGUGCUGCCGGCCCUGGAGCGCGCCGAAGGACAGGAGACCACGCGCCUCCGCCUAGACGCGUUUGGCCAGCGGCUGCACCUGAAGCUGCAGCCCGACCGCGGCUUCUUGGCGCCAGGCUUCACACUCCAGACUGUGGGGCGCAAACCCGCGCCUGAGGCGCAGCGUCUGGACCCCGCCGGCGACCUAGCACACUGCUUCUACUCUGGCACCGUUAAUGGUGACCCCAGCUCGGCCGCAGCCCUCAGCCUCUGCGAGGGCGUGCGUGGCGCCUUCUACCUGCAAGGCGAGGAGUUCUUCAUCCAGCCGGCACCCGCAGCUGCCACUGAGCGCCUCGCCCCCGCCGCCGCCGAGGAGGAGCCGAUCAAGCGGCCUCAGUUCCAUCUCCUGCGGCGGAGGCGGCGGGGCGGUGGUGGCGCCAAGUGUGGAGUCAUGGACGAUGAGACCCUGCCCGCGAGGGGUGCAGAACAUGAGGGAGAAGACCUUGGAACGCAGUGGCCUCAGCGGGACCCGGAGCCGCAACACGUGGGACAGCCAACAGGAACUGGAAGCAUAAGAAAGAAGCGAUUUGUGUCCAGCCCCCGCUAUGUGGAAACCAUGCUUGUGGCCGACCAGUCAAUGGCAGAGUUCCAUGGCAGUGACCUAAAACAUUACCUUCUCACCUUGUUCUCGGUGGCAGCCAGGUUGUACAAAUACCCUAGCAUUCGAAAUUCCAUCAGCCUCGUGGUGGUGAAGAUUUUAGUUAUCUAUGAGGAGCAGAAGGGGCCAGAAGUGACCUCCAAUGCUGCACUCACUUUGCGGAACUUCUGCAACUGGCAAAAACAGCACAAUCCUCCCAGUGACCGGGAUGCAGAACACUAUGACACAGCGAUUCUUUUUACCAGAGAGGACUUAUGUGGGACUCAGACAUGUGAUACUCUUGGAAUAGCUGAUGUUGGAACUGUGUGUGAUCCCAGCAGAAGCUGCUCAGUCAUAGAAGAUGAUGGUUUACAAGCUGCUUUCACCACAGCCCAUGAAUUAGGCCACGUGUUGAACAUGCUUCAUGAUGAUUCAAAGCAGUGUGCCAGCCUUAACGCUGGGAACCAGGGUUCCCACAUGAUGGCCUCAAUGCUCUCCAAUUUGGAUCACAACCAUCCUUGGUCUCCCUGCAGUGCCUACAUGAUCACAUCAUUUCUGGAUAAUGGUCAUGGGGAAUGUUUGAUGGACAAGCCCCAGAAUCCCAUAAGGCUACCAUCUGAUCUCCCUGGAACCUUGUAUGACGUAAACCGGCAGUGCCAGUUUAUGUUUGGGGAAGAGUCCAAACACUGCCCAGACCCAGCCAGCACGUGUGCCACCUUGUGGUGCAAUGUCAACUCGCCCUCUGGUGUGCUGAUGUGCCAAACCAAGCACUUCCCCUGGGCGGAUGGCACCAGCUGUGGGGAAGGGAAAUGGUGUAUCAACAGCAAGUGUGUGAACAAGACAGACAAGAAGCAUUUUGAUGCCCCUGUUCAUGGAAGCUGGGGAUCAUGGGGAUCCUGGGGAGAUUGUUCGAGAACCUGCGGUGGAGGAGUUCAGUAUACAAUAAGGGAAUGUGACAACCCAGUCCCAAAGAAUGGAGGGAAGUACUGUGAAGGCAAACGAGUGCGCUACAGGUCCUGUAACGUGGAGGACUGUCCAGACAACAAUGGAAAAACCUUUAGGGAGGAACAGUGUGAGGCACACAAUGAGUUUUCAAAAGCCUUUGGGAGCGGGCCUGUGGUGGAGUGGACCCCCAAGUAUGCUGGUGUCUCACCAAAGGACAGGUGCAAGCUCAUUUGUCAAGCCAAAGGAAUCGGCUACUUCUUUGUUUUACAGCCCAAGGUUGUAGAUGGUACUCCAUGUAGUCCAGACUCCACUUCUGUCUGUGUGCAAGGACAGUGUGUAAAAGCUGGUUGUGAUCACAUCAUAGACUCCAAAAAGAAGUUUGACAAAUGUGGUAUUUGUGGAGGAAAUGGAUCUACAUGCAAGAAAGUAUCAGGAUCCAUUGCUAGUGCAAAACCUGGAUAUCAUGAUAUUGUCACAAUUCCCAGUGGAGCCACAAACAUUGACGUGAAACACCGGAAUCAGAGGGGAUCCAGAAACAAUGGCAGUUUUCUUGCCAUCAAAGUUGCUGAUGGCACGUAUAUCCUGAACGGUGACUUCACUUUGUCCACUUUAGAGCAAGAUAUUACAUACAAAGGUAUGGUCUUAUGGUAUAGUGGCUCCUCCGCAGCGCUGGAAAGAAUCCGCAGCUUUAGCCCACUCAAAGAGCCCUUAACCAUCCAGGUUCUUACUGUGGGCAAUGCUCUCCGACCCAAAAUUAAAUACACCUACUUCGUGAAGAAGAAGAAGGAAUCUUUCAAUGCUAUCCCUACAUUUUCAGAAUGGGUCAUUGGAGAGUGGGGUGAAUGCUCUAAGUCAUGUGGAUUGGGUUUGCAGAGAAGACUGGUGGAAUGUCGGGACAUUAACGGGCAGCCUGCAUCUGAGUGUGCGAAGGAGGUGAAACCAGAAAGCACCCGACCUUGUGCAGACCUGCCUUGCCCACACUGGCAGCUGGGAGAAUGGUCACCAUGUUCCAAGACUUGUGGGAAGGGUUACAAAAAGAGAACCUUGAAGUGCCUGUCCCAUGAUGGGGGAGUGUUGUCUCAUGAGAAUUGCGAUCCUUCAAAGAAACCUAAGCAUUACAUAGACUUUUGCACGAUAGCAGAAUGCAGUUAAGCAGGGUCAGUUUUGAGGAAAAGGCAGUGUGGAAGGACUGACGCACUGAAUAAGAAUGCUGGAGGGAUUCAGUGUAUCUUGCCAGUAGCCAGUGAGGUGUGUCAAUCAUGUGGGAGUGUGGAGGUAAAUAGGAGUUAGAUCAUGAGAAUAUCCUGCCAGUUACAAAUCUGAUAGGCUAGUUAAUGAGGAUUAUUAACCUGUGAGCAAUGAUAUAGCAUGAAAAGCCCCAGGGCAUUAUUAUUAUUAUUUCUUUUGUUACAUCUAUCACAA